GCACGGAUUGUUUGUUGCUUCUCAAUCCGGCACGUGCAUUUUUUGUUUAUAAUCUAAUUUUGUUCAAUUUCCCACGCUUUUGAGUAAUGGCCGGCAACUUUGAGCUGCUCAGCGAGCAGGGCUUACGUCUGGACGGCAGGCGGCCUCAUGAAUUGCGGCACAUACAGUGCAAACUGGGUGUUUUCGAACAACCCGACGGCAGUGCCUACAUGGAACAAGGAAACACCAAAGUGCUGGCGGCCGUCUACGGACCCCACCAGGCAAAGGGCAAAAAGACCGAGACCAAUGACUUGGUCAUCAACUGUCAGUACAGCCAAGCCACCUUCUCCACGGCCGAACGUAAAAAUAGACCGCGCGGCGACAGAAAAUCCCAAGAGUUUAAGAUGUACCUGCAGCAGGCACUAAGUGCGGCCAUUAAAUCGGAGCUGUACCCCAGAUCCCAGAUAGACGUCUACGUGGAGGUACUACAGGCUGACGGAGCCAAUUAUGCAGUCGCCCUUAAUGCAGCCACCUUGGCACUGAUCGAUGCCGGCAUCUGCCUUAACGAACUGAUAGUGGCCUGCACAGCAUCGCUGAGCAAGAAUAACAUCCCACUUACGGAUAUCUCCCAAAUUGAGGAAGCUUCCGGCGGGCCAAAACUGACAGUGGCUGCGUUACCCACCGCCCAGAAGAUUGCCUUCCUUGAAAUGAGCGAACGAUUCCAUAUUGACCAUUUGGAAACCGUUAUUGAGACGGCACUGGCCGGAUGUAGAGAGAUUCGAGAUAUCCUUGAGGGUGUAGUCAAGGAGCACCUGUUACACAUGGGUAGUGCGGCCGAUUGGGGUCGAGUAUGUUAAAAUAAAAAAGUGAUCUUUUCAAAUUAA